GAGCUCUGGUCACACCCCUCCGAAAGCCACACGGUCAUACUGUGAUACAUCAAUCAAAUCGAUUUGGAAAAUUCAACCCGCACAGUCCUGUUUGGAAAGUAAAAACUGUAAAAGCUGUGCAUUUAAAUUUUAAUUUACAUCCCGGAAGAUCAGGUAACGCGUUUGUCCGCCGCCGUCGCCGCUCAACCGCGAUAUACAAAUAUAUAUAUACAGAACUAUAUUUCCGACGCAGCCGCCGCCGCCGCGUAGAUAGCCAUAUUUCCGGGAUUCCCCCACCCAGAGUACUAGAAACGAAAUAACCGUGGACGACCACGCUGCGGAACCCGCUGCCGCCAUGACCGGAGCCGGCACGUUCAAGUUGUUCAUCGGGAAUCUCGACGAGAAGACGCAGGCCACCGAGUUGCGGGCGCUCUUCGAGAAGUACGGUACCGUCGUCGAGUGCGACGUGGUGAAGAACUAUGGCUUCGUCCACAUGGAGACGGAGCAGCAGGGUCGCGAUGCCAUACAGAAUCUGAACGGUUACACGUUGAACGAGUUCGCCAUCAAGGUGGAGGCGGCCAAGAGCCGGCGGGCGCCCAAUACCCCGACAACGAAAAUCUUCGUGGGAAAUCUAACGGACAAGACGCGGGCGCCGGAGGUGCGGGAAUUGUUUCAGAAAUACGGCACCGUCGUCGAGUGCGACAUUGUGCGCAACUAUGGUUUCGUCCAUCUGGACUGUGUCGGUGAUGUGCAGGACGCCAUCAAGGAGCUGAACGGUCGCGUCGUCGACGGCCAGCCGCUCAAGGUUCAAGUGUCGACCAGUCGUGUGCGGCCCAAGCCGGGCAUGGGCGAUCCGGAGCAGUGCUAUCGGUGCGGAAGAUCCGGGCAUUGGUCGAAAGAGUGUCCGCGACUGUACGGCAGCGCCGGAGGCGGACGCGAGCCGCCCUCACCGCUCAGCGCCGGUGGCUACAGAGAUCGCAUGUACGGUCGUGACCCGUAUCCGCCGCCACCACCGCCGCCGCCAUUCCUGCGUGACCGCAUCAUGGAUGGCUUUAGGGACUAUGACUACUAUGACCGCCGUUUCGAAGACUCACGCGAUCUGUACGAGCGUCGCUACCAGACUUCGCGUAUGCGCGACUUCCCGCCGCCGCCCAUCUCGCGCCGCGAGCCCAUGCCCCUGCCGCCCCCGCUGAGUGGCAGCCUGCGCUCCUGCAGCGUCUCACGUGGAUACGACACCAUGUUCAGCCGUCGCUCGCCGCCUCCGCCUCGCAGCAGCAACGGGAUGAGUCGCUACGGCUCGCCCACUCCACACGGCUACGAGGACUUUAGCCGCGACGCAUUCGACGAGCGCAUGAUUUCGUCGCGCGGCAUGCGUGGUCCCUCUCCUCCGGGUCGCCGAUAUGCGCCCUACUGAGAUGAGUUUUACUACAACGGCAGCAGCUGAGUGGCGGUUGCACUACCCAUGCCCCUGCCCAUGUCCCUACCCAUGGCCCACACUUUAUACAACACAGCCAGCAACCUAAGGAUGACGGCUGGGGACUGCUGGAUGCUCUGUUGGUCGCCAGCGGCCUACUACCAUCAACCACACCAACAGCACAUGCUGAUGCCAACGACUUUUUCACAUUUGUGGCUGCCGCCUUGGUAAACCACGCGUAUUUUACUAAGCCUAAACUAACCAUAUUUCGUAUACUUAAACAAGAAGAUGGAAACACUUGUCGAAGCAUCCUCCCUAUAAGCAAACCAUGCCUAAAAGACUAGACAACGACGUGCUCCCCCCACACAUCCACAGAGAAUCGAUUCAACAGUAGACUUUGCGAGUACCAAUAAAAGCAUAAGCAGUCGAAAAAUAUGCAAAAAUAAA